CUCUCUCUCUUUCCUUUCUAUCUUCUUCAUAAAUGGAAUGACCUUUCUCCUCGUGAUCCCAUUUCUUCACAUUUUGUUUUUAUUUUCUACAUUUUUAUUUUAUUUAUUUAUUCAUUUAUUUUCUUUUCUCUCUUUCUUUCCAUCCAUUUUUUUCUUCUUCUCCAAUCAAGCCAUAUAAUUUUGGAUCAAGCUCCAUUCCCUUUCUACGACAUUAAUCAUUGUAAUGUCGUUUGUGGUAAAAUUCUCUUUCUGAGAGCACCGCCAAGUUCGAUUUGAGAAAAUAUCAAUGGCAGAUCAACCUCAAAAGCCGCCGCUACAGAAACCACCGGGCUAUAGAGACCCGACUGCGGCGCCGGGAAAACCCGCGAUGAGCAGACCGCCGCCUCGAAAAUCCGUCUUGCCGACGACGUUUCACCACAAGAAACGACGCCGAAAUUGGUGUCGCACUUGCUGUUGCUUCAUCUUCGUUUUCCUCCUCCUCUUAAUCUUCGUCCUCGCCAUAGCUGGCGGGCUCUUCUACCUCUGGUUCGACCCGAAGCUACCCGUAUUCCAUCUCCAGUCGUUUCGGGUACCCAAAUUCAACGUCACGGUCAAGUCGGACGGGACUUACCUCGACGCGCAUACCGUGACGCGGAUCGAGGUGAAGAACCCAAAUAGUAAAUUGGAGAUUUUCUACGGCAGGACCCAGGUAAGUGUUACGGCAGGGGGAGACGACACCGAGUUUGGGUCGCAACAAGUCAGUGGGUUCACUCAGGGAAAGAAGAACACGACGAGUUUGAAGAUUGAGACAGCUGUGAAGAACCAGUUGGUGGACGAUGGGUUAGGGACGAAGCUCAAAAAUGGGUUCAAGAACAAGGGUUUGGUGGUGGACGUGGAGGCUCGAACUCGGGUCGGGUUUAUCGUUCAAGGCAUGAAGAUUGGGACUGUGGAAGUGGAUGCAUUGUGUGGUGGAGUUAGCUUGAAGAAGCUUGACAGCGGUGACAUGCCCAAGUGCUCUGUCAAUUUGUUCAAAUGGAUCAACCUACAUUAUUGAUAUAUGGGUCACACAUGGAGGCUGUUAAUAGAAGAAGAGCAUUGAGUACAUAACUAUAUAUAUAUAUAUAUCAUUUUGGUUUUGGGCUGCAAUUUUAUACAAACAAAAAGUUGUUGCUAGUUUUAAUAUAAAUAUCUAUGUUAUAAACCUAUACGGCAUAUUCUUCGCUUGGGAAAAUCAAAAGUAAAAAAAAAAAAAUUCUUCGCUUGGUUGUCUUUUUUCUUCCCUUUUUUGUGAUUAAAAGUGGGAUUGGAUUUGUUUAUGUAUUUUAAUUUUGGUGGUUGAAAUUGAAUUGGUAAGUUAUUAUAUUUUAAAAUAUUUAUAUAUAUAGUGAGUGUAAGAUUCUUAUA